AUGCGGGGAGUCGGGGGAUCAGAGGGAGUCGGGGGGUCAGAGGGGGUCGAGGGAUCACGGAACGCGAAAGACCUACGGGACAGCUCAACGCAUGGCAUCAAUUUAGAUAGCGAGAGGGGGACGACGAUCGCAGAGGCACCUCAGAAGCAACCUAGUCCCAACCACGCAAAUGACGACGGGAUGAAGAGGGGGGAGAGUGAGGAGCAGCACGAGGCCUCCGCUUCCUCCGAUCCCUCCGCUCCCUCCGCUCCCUCCGAUCCCUCCCCCUCCUCCCCGCCUCCCGCCGUCCGCUGGUCCGUUGCGCCGUGCACCCGCGGGGGGCUUGAGGGGCCGCCGCAGCUCGACAUCUCGCCCGCGCCGGGGGAAGCGGAAGGGUGGGAGGCCGCGCCGAGUCCGGGGAAGGCGCGGGAGUGGGGGGAGUGGGGGGAGUCGGCGGAGUGGGCGGAGGUAGACCUGCGCGAGAUCACGCUGACCAAGGAGAUUGCGCGGGGGUCGUCCAGCGUGGUGUACAGAGGCGUGUAUCGCAAGCAGAGCGUUGCUGGUGGGUGCUGUGCGGUGAAGAGGGUGAAGGUGGACAUGGGUGGGGGCGACGGGUCAUCAGUGCACGCGGUGGUGGACCUAGGCAGCAACGACGGCUCAUCGCUGCAUGCGGUGCAGGAGAGGAGGGCGGCGCUUAUACGGGAGGUGAUUAUAUGGAGCCGCGUCACGCACCCCCAUAUAGUCCCGGUGAUAGGGGCGCACAUCCCCCUGCUCUCCCCCGAGGCCCACCCAUCCCCCUCCCCCCGGACGCCCAGGCAGCAGAGGGUGGACUCGCGCCUGCGGGGCGAGCAGGCGUGCGUUGUGAGUGCGCUCAUCGGCACGGGCGUGACGCUCAAGGAGUAUCUCGCUCGCACUGCCAGGGAGAAGAGGAAGCUGCCUCUGCACAUGCUGGUUGAUUUGGCCAUGCAGCUUGCCAAGAGCGCCCUCAUCGGCACGGGAAUGACUCUCAAGGAGUAUGUCGCCCGCACUGCUAAGGAGAAGAGGAAGCUGCCUCUGCACAUGCUGGUGGAUCCAGCCAUGCAGCUUGCUAAGAGUCUCGCCUUCCUGCACUCCCUGCGGGUGGUACACGCCGACGUGUGUCCCGAUCACGUGCUUCUCGACUCCACCUUACGUCUGCACCUCGCGGGCUUCGCCUGUGCUUCUAUCGAGGGAGACCUCGCAUACAGUCACGCGGGCAGAGGGGAGGAGAGAGGCAAUCCGAACUACAUGGCUCCUGAGGUGAGCGGGACUGAGGUGAGCGGGACUGAGGUGAGCGGGACUGAGGCGAGAGGGACUGAGGCGAGCGGGACUGAGGUGAACAGGACUGAGGCAGACGCAUUAAGCUUUUAUAUGUGUCUGUGGGCCAUGCUCUUCUGUGGGCCAUGCUCUUCUGUGGGCCAUGCUCUUCUGUGGGCCAUGCUCUUCUGUGGGCCAUGCUCUUCUGUGAGCCAUGCUCUUCUGUGGGCCAUGCUCUUCUGUGAGCCAUGCUCUUCUGUGAGCCGCCCAAACGGACCCCCUCCCUCUCUUCCCUGCCUCACCCCUCAAAUUCCCCUUUCCCCCAACGACCAGGUGCUCAACUCCCUUCCCUACGACCGCCGGGCAGACGUGUUCAGCUUCGGCAUGUGCUUGUGGGCCAUGCUCUCCUGUGAGCCGCCCUUUCCCAAGUGUGAUUACAACGAGAUCUCCGACCUUCUGCUGCAGGGCGUGCGCCCCAUCAUCUCCCCCAAGUGCCCCCCUGACUUGGCGCAUGUGCUGCGCUGCUGCUGGGAGGGCGCCCCUGCAUCACGCCCCUCCAUGCCGCAAGUCAUCACCCUGCUGCGCUCACUCAACGUCUUUGCCUCCCGCCAAGACCACCCUGCAAGGGAUGCUAGGCCGGGGGAAUCUGGUGCAGGGAUUGCAGAGGGCAAGAGCGAUAUGCGGCAACAACUAGCCUCCUCUGAGCCAACCUCCACUUCUCCCCACCUAAGCGCUCCCCCUCUCCGUCUCAUACCGCCCUCCACUCGUCCAAACAAUCCACCCUCUCUUAUUCCUCCCGCAUUCCUCCCCUCCCACACUACCACCCCCGCCUCCCUGCCUUCCCCUUCCUCCUCCCCUCUUCACUGCUCCCUCCCACCCCCCUCUCCACACCCAUCCUCCCCUUCUCGCUCCUCUCACCCCUCCCCUCCCGCCUCCUUCACCCCCUCCUCGCCCUCUGCUGCUGCGCCUGCUAGCCCAUCCGUAUCAGCAGCAGCAUCAGGUGCUGCUGCUAUCAGUACGGAAGGUGUGGUGGCCAGAGGGUAUGCCAUAGCAGGUCGGGUUGCUGGUGCUAACCCUGCUGCUGCUGCCGCUGCCGCUGCCGCUGCCACUGCGAAUUCCGACACAAAUCCCGAGACUAGUCCCGAGGCUAGCACCGGUGCUAGCACCGGGUGCGUGGGAUGGGAAGGAGGUUCUGCAGCAGAUAGUAUCAGCCCCGUUGGCAGUGCUCGCAGCAUUGGGUGGGAGGCAGGGGGGGGGAUAACCGGCACUGGGAAUGCCAGCCCAGCAGGGAGCAUGGGGAGCAUGAGGAGUGUGGGUUGGGAGGGGGAGCUGAUGUCUCCUGCGUGGAGUGGGGAGGCGGGGCAGGCGUGGGUUGGGGAGCGGCCGGUGUGGGAGAUCAAGCUGAGGAACGUUAUUUUAAAGAAAGAGAUUGCUAAGGGGUCGUCUGGGAUUGUGUACAAGGGCAAAUACAAGGACUGCCCCGUUGCAGUGCGGGUGGUGCCUUGGAGCGAGGUGGAAGGGGAGAUGUCCGAGGGGGAGCAGUGGGAGCAGAGGAGGGCCAAGUUCCUAAGGGAAGUGACUAUAUGGAGGCGGCUCAAACACCCCAAUAUAGUCAAGUUCAUCGGAGCAUCAAUCCCCGAGCACCCUCAACUGCCGACCACCCCCACUAGCGCUGCCACUAGUAGCGCUGCUGAUGGAAAGGACAAGGAAAAAGGUGCUGACAGGGAGAAAGGGGCGGACAGGGAGAAAGGGGCGGACAGGGAGAAAGGGGCGGACAGGGAGAAAGGGGCGGACAGGGUGGAUACACGAUUCAAGGGGCAUGCGUUCUGUGUGGUGAUGGAGCACGUGGAACACUGCAGCCUCAAGGAAUAUCUUUUCCGGGCAGCCCGCGAGCGAAGGAAGCUGCCGAUGCCGUUCAUUGUGCAAGUGGCAGUUGAUCUCGGCAAGGGCCUGGCGUAUCUGCACUCCAUGGGCGUGGUGCACGGCGACAUUUGUCCUGAGAACCUCCUUCUGGACGGCAAGCGCCGCCUCAAGAUCGCAAGAUUCGGGGCGGCGCGUGUGGAGGCGUCUCACCCAGUCAGCACUGCCACUGGCAGCUGCCGCCGCACCCUCAGCUACAGCGCGCCAGAGGUGCUCUUCUCGCAGCCCUACGACCGCUCUGCUGACGUCUACAGCUUCGGCAUCUGCCUGUGGGAGCUCUAUGCCCGGGAGGCGCCGUUCCCGAACCUAGACUUUGGGGAAGUGGCCGAUGCUGUCAAGGAGGGCUCACGCCCCAUUAUAUCCCCCAAGUGCCCCCCUGACUUGGCCAAUGUUAUGCGUUGCUGCUGGGAAGGUCUCCCUACUGCUCGCCCUUCGAUGCCCCAAGUUCUUGCAAUGCUGCAGAAGGUGGGACGCGGCGGUCAGGCGGAAUCAGGAGAAGCAGGGGGAGCAGGCGGAAGGAGGCGGCGUUCGGAGAGCUCCUCCGUGGGGGUGAACAUCGCCGCACUGGAUAAGGCGCUGGACCGAGUCAUGUCCAUGCCGUGGCGCGGCGAGAAGAAGGCGGGCGACGGCGACGGCGACGGAGGCCUGGGAUUGGGCGCGGCGUGGCAGGAGAAAGCGGAGAAGAACGGGAAGCAUGUGCUGGGUAGGGCACGUUCUCAUGGAAACGGGGAGGGGGAUUCUGUUCGUGCUGCCGCUGCGGCGGCCGUUGCUGCCAUCCGCAGUGAUGGUGACGUGGUGCCUUUUGCUAAUAAUGUCUCGGGUGUGCCGCUGAACAAGUGUGGUAAGGAAGCGGGUGCGAAGGACGGGACGAAUAAGGAGCGGUCUGCGGAGGUGGAAGUGGGUACAGAUGGGCGGAGGGGCGCAGGCGAUGUCGCAAUAGCAGGCGACCCCGCGUGGCAGGUUGAUUUGCGGCGUGUGACUUUAAAGAAAGAGAUUUGCAGGGGCGCGUACAGCACGGUGUAUAAGGGCGCGUUCAGGGACAUGGAUGUUGCCGUGAAGGCAAUCGACUGGGGCGAAGCGGGGUCGUUCUCGCCGGUGCUGCGCGCCAAGCAGAGAGCCACUCUGCUGCGCCAGGUGCACGUGUGGCGAGGCCUCAAGCACCCCUACGUGACUCAGCUGGUAGCAGCGAGCGUGUCAGCGGACUGUGCGCCCUGCACCACCCCCCGCGGCGUGGACGCGCGUUUGCGCGGCGUGGCGGGGUGCCUCAUCAUGGAGUAUGUGGGCGAUCUGACUGUCAAGGAGUAUCUGGCCCGUGCUGCCAGGGAGAGGAGAAAGCUGCCGCUGCACAUGCUGGUGGAGCUGGCGUUGCAGCUCGCCAAGGGUCUGGCCUACAUCCACAGCAGCGGUGUGGUGCACGGGGACGUGUGCCCCGACAACCUCCUCCUCACGGAUCGCAGGCGCCUCAAGAUCGCCGGCUUUGGCGUCGCGCGCUUCGAAGGCGACUGCCGGGCUCGUGGCCGUGGGGGCGCCCAGCGCUGUGACAACUCUGGCUCUGCUGGGGUUCUUGGGGAUUCUCAAGAACAAACCGGGGUCGCUGGGAGCGAGGCAGGGGCAGGGGCAGGGGCAGGGGUGGCGGGGGCAGAGGUAGGGGGAAGGGGGGGUGAUGAGGCUGUUGGACAGCAGCCACAAGACGUGCUGCAGGGAGAGGACCUGCAGGAUUCGGCUCGGAAUGGUGAAGGGGAGGAGAGGCGUGGAGUAGGGCGGGAUGUGGAGGUCGGGAGACGCGAGGCAGGAGAGGCGAGAGGGGGCGGAGGAGCAGCAGGAGGGGCGGAGGAGGGUGUGGUGACGGGGGGUGAGAAAGGAGGGGAGGCGGCGGGGGGGUGGUUGCCUCAUGACGCCAGUGGGGAGACGGGCUCAGUGGGAUACAUGGCUCCUGAGGUUCUGGCUGGACUGCCAUACGACCGCCGUGCUGACGUGUACAGCUUUGGCAUCUGCCUGUGGGAGCUGCUGACCUGCGAGACCCCCUUUGACUCGUUUGACUUCAGCGAAAUGGCUUCUGCCAUCAGUGAGGGCGUGCGCCCCAUCUUGCCCCACAAGUGCCCCCUUGACUUGGCACGAGUCAUGCGGUGCUGCUGGGAGGGCUCCUCACCUUCCCCGCUUUUCAUCCUUCCUCCCCUCAUCCCAUCCUACCAGGGCGUGCGCCCCAUCUUGCCCCACAAGUGUCCUCCUGACAUCGCACGAGUCAUGCGGUGCUGCUGGGAGGGAUCCUCUGCUGCGCGCCCCUCCAUGCCGCAAGUCAUUGCUAUGCUUGAAAAGGAGCAAGGGCAGGAGGGAGCAAGGGCGGGAGGGAGCAAGGGCGGGAGGAAGGGGAGCAAGCUUGUGUGUAAUGGGAAGAAGCAGACCCAGUUGUCCCUCACUUGUGCUCCUGAGGAGGGCGAGAGGAAGGGGGAUAAGGGGAGCAAGGGGUGGGGAGAGGGGAGCAAGGGGUGGGGAGAGGGGAGCAAGUGA